AUGGAGGACGACUCGGUCGAAGUCAUUGUCGAUGUCGAUCGGUAUCCUUUCAAGGCUCGAUUGUUCGAUCUUUGGGCGGGCGGUUAUGCAAUUAACGCUAUGUGUGUUGAGCACACCUUCUAUUCCUACGCCCGUGACCCACCCAAGGAGCGCGGUCUCCACAUCCGGUAUAUCAAAGAAGACGACGGAGGCGGUCGAAUGAGAGAAAUACCAGGAAGAUGCCCUUGUCAGGACGACCCCAGAAUAGGCAGCCGGCAACCUUUGCAAAACAGAGAAAAUGAAGAACAGUUCUGGAGAAAUCUGCAUACGUUGACGGGUCUGCAGAAAGAAUAUUUGGCGUUUGAAAGGGAUGAGAAGGCGCGGAAGGAUGAGAUGAGUGGGGAUGCAACGUUAUGA